UCAACAACUACCUCACUGAAUUGUUUGGGCAUUCCAAACCUUCAAUACCAUCAAGCAUCGUUAUUCACUUUCUCUCUCCUCAAAUUCUCGCCGGGUUCCGGCGCCCCCUCUCUGUUUUCUUUUUCUUAUGUUUUUUCACAUUCCCUAAUAUCCCCUAGCUCCUUCAGCUGGUCUUCUAUUUCCAGAUUCCGGUAUACAACAACGAACUUUUCUCUCUGGGUGAAACUCGUCCCGAGCAACUUAGGGUUACCUGCUAUUGGAAGACAAUAAUCACCAUGAGCUUUCAGGACAUAGAAUCUGGCCGUCCCUUCGGUGGUUCGAGGCGUGGCCUCAUCAAUGGGAAGCAAUAUCCUACACAAGCGGUGGCAGCCGGCAUAUUCCAGAUCAACACCGCCGUCUCCACCUUCCAGAGGCUCGUCAACACCCUUGGAACCCCCAAAGACACCCCCGAGCUCCGUGAGAAGCUCCACAAGACAAGGCUGCAUAUUGGGCAGUUGGUGAAGGACACAUCAGUCAAGCUAAAGCAAGCUAGUGAUAUGGAUCACCAAGUUGAAGUUAAUCCAAGCAAGAAGAUAGCAGAUGCCAAACUCGCAAAAGAUUUUCAGGCUGUGCUGAAAGAAUUUCAGAAGGCACAACGUCUUGCAGCUGAGAGAGAAACAGCGUAUACUCCUUUUGUUCCACAAGCAGUUCUUCCUUCUAGCUAUACAGCUAGUGAAGUAGAUACUAGUUCUGAUACGACUCCAGAACAGCGUGCCCUUCUUGUGGAAUCCAGGAGGCAGGAGGUUUUAUUCUUAGAUAAUGAGAUUGCCUUCAAUGAGGCUAUCAUUGAGGAAAGGGAGCAAGGCAUUCAAGAAAUACAGCAGCAAAUCGGCGAGGUUAAUGAGAUUUUCAAAGAUCUUGCUGUGCUCGUCCAUGAGCAAGGAGCCAUGAUUGAUGACAUUGGCUCCAACAUUGAGAACUCUCAUGCUGCAACCGCACAAGCAAAAUCUCAACUUGCCAAAGCUUCAAAAACCCAAAGAUCAAAUUCGUCUUUGACAUGUUUGCUUUUGGUGAUAUUUGGGAUUGUGCUUCUCAUCGUCAUCAUAGUUCUGGCCGCCUAGUCAAAGAUUGUCGAUAUUCUAUCGUGUAUCAAAUGCAACAUAGGAACAGCAGCAGUUUGCCAUCUCCCUUGCUAAUGAUUUCACUUGACUGGUGUUUUACCCGGUCUCAUGAUUGACUGGUGCUUGUCGCAUCGGGCUUCAGUAUAUAAUGCGGGGAUGCACACAAAUAUAUCAUGAUUUUGUCGUGUCAUUAUGUUUCUGUAUCUAUGUUACUAUGUUAGUGUUUGAGGCUUUAAGGAUGUGACACGGUGUAAGUUCUCUUCUUACUUCUUUAAUGAAAGGGAAAAUUCAUUCUUUAUUUUU